ACCUCCCCUGCUUAAUCACCCACCAAAGCAAAGAACCAAAAACCCAGGUCCUCUGCUCUUCCCCUGUUUUCCAACACACAAUUUCUCCUUUAGAAAUGGCUCGUGUUGCCGGUGUUGCGUUCAUCCUGUUGGUCGUUGUUGUUUCUGCUACGUUUGUCCCCAACACGGAUGCAAGAAAGCUACUGGAGAAUAACCGCGGCGGUGGUGGCGACGGAGCAAUUAGCGUGUCGUCUCUGUUCCAGAGCUUGCUUCUAAGUGCCCUUCCCAAGGGCACAGUCCCAGCUUCUUCUCCGAGCAAGAAGGGUCACUCCACGCUGGAUAAUGUGGAGCGUUUUCAGAGGCACCUCGCCCAAAUUGAUCGGAUCCUACGCUCUGUCCCCAGCCCCGGCGUCGGACAUUAAUUGCCUUCCUUCCCUCCAUCUCUCUGUUUUUUUUUUUUAUAGUUUUGUUCUUAUACCAUAGGAAAACAGAGUACUUGAUCAUUGACAAUUUUUGUUAAUUCAUAGGCAGAAAACUGUAUAGACACACUCAAAUUCCCUCUUCCUUCUUGGGUUUUUUUUUUCUUUCAUUCUUUUAUGUUCAAUUCCUACAUGUAUUGCGUCAUUAAUUGCAGUAGCUGUACCAAUUCUGGGGAUUUUAUCUGUUAUCAUCAACCCCCCUAUAUAGUAAUGAGAAAUAUCAUUAUACAUCACAAAAUCCUCAUCAUUCAAGUUCGGAGAGACAGAGACCUUAUUUUCCUGGGAAGAAAGAAAGAGACUUGGAGGUCUAAAAUCUAUCAAGAGUUGGGGAAUGCCACUUGGCCAGCUCCACUGGAAAAAGCAACCAAACAAAAAAGCAGCGAUGAUGUGAAAAGCGCGUUGCGUAUUCCCAUCCAACUGGAGGCGGGUCGUGUGAAAUCCCCAGAGGCCGGCAGGAUGUGAGCUCUGCUUUUUUCUUUUUUUCUCGAAUUACUUUAAUUCAUGAUCACAGAUGAACGAAAGGCAUAGUUUAGUUACACAUCUCCAUAUAAUAUUGCUUUCUUUCUUUAAUUACUUUAUUAGGUUCUAGUUACCGAUUCAAAAAGGUAGUUAAGUUUCAGUUUGAUAUGCGUCUCGAUUAUUCAUGGGGACCUUCCUAAAAAGCCAUGGUUUCGGCCACCAGUUCAUACUUUCCUGUUUCAGAUGGGUGUCUGCCAACUUGAUGUUCUUCGACAGAGUGGAGCUAUCAGGGCUGUGCAAUUAAUUGAGUAGGGCUUGUUAAAUAUCUUUAUCACGCAGCCCAACUUGUUCGACAUUCUUAGACUCUGCCAUAUAAGUCAUCAAAUGAUGCAAGUCAUGGCUAGAGAUUCAGGGCACUUAAUUAAUUAGUUGGGUCUACUUAAAAUUCACCAUUAUCAACAACAACAACAAAUUGGGUCUACUUAAACAGUGUAACUAAAAGGCCAAGUUGGAGGUGAUUAAAUGGAUGAAUUACCCUGUUCCUUGUUCUACAUGAAAAGGUUAAUCAUGCUCCCUACCCUCAACUCACAUCCAAGGGCUCCAUAUCUAACCAAGAUUACGACAACACUUCCCUUCCUGACUAACCUUGAGUUGAGAAGUUAGAAGUUGUUGGUAAAGAUUUGACAACUGAAGUUGAUAUUUUUUUUUAUGACUAAUUCCACUAGAAAGUCCAAACUAUUCUUAGAGUAUCAUUUGUGUUAUAAACUAUUCAAUUUGAU